AUGCCCAACUUCAGCAAUCCAGCUUAUGGCGCGCUCCCCGACUUCACGGACUCUGAUCUGCCCGAAGAUCUCGCGGAUUGGGCAAGUAUUCAAGCCCCGGCUAAUCUGGCCAUGGAUGAAUUAGACGGCAACGGUGACGGCGACGGCAACGGACACCUCACCUCGUCGGGCUGGCCGGACGGUGUUUGGCCUCCGACUUCCUCCCCCAUUCAAGAUUUCUUGCCCGAGGAAAAUGACGGAGACGUUGAAGGUGAGAGAGACGAUUCCCGCGACGAGGACGAGUGGUUCCAACACCAACUCUACUUUGCCCGGCAGGCUCUGCUGAACAACUCGACCCCCGAUACUGGUGGCCCGAGUGACGCUGCUGCUGGUCCUAUCUCGCCCCCUGCUUCUCAGGUUGACAGCGAUGGUGACGAUGACGACGAGGAUGACGAGGACGAGGAUAGCGAUCACGAGUGGUUCAAUGAGCAGUGGUUCAACGGCUACUACGAGGACGAAGAUGAAGAAAACCCAGAUACACCACGAAUUACCCCUUUACCUCGAACGCCGCCGCCUCCUCCCAGGAUCCAACGCCGAAGCACACGGAAAUCAGGAGGCAACGUGCUCGACGGCGGCGCGCCCAUGUUAGUCUUUGCCCUCCAGAACUGGCGCGAACGGCGCGACGUCAUCAUCGCGGAGAAGAGAAAAGCUGACAGACUCGAGCAGGAAAAGCUGCGGGAAGAGAAACUCGACCAGGAAGUCCUGGUCGAGAAUCGCGUCCUGGGGCUCGACCACGCCGGCGCCACGGGGAUGGGUCUCCUGUUGCGCAGGAACGAGAACGGUAAGCGCGUCGUCAGCGGUGAUGGUGCUGCUGCCUUGCGGGUGGUGAGGGACACGUUGGAUUAUCGAAAGUUCGCGACCGCCGGGGCGCGACGGGAGAGGAAUCGUCGAGAGAGUGAGGAGGAGGAGGAGGGGGAGGUGGUGGAUGCGUACGUGAGAGAAGAUGGGAGUGUGGAUCUCUUCACCUGA